GAACAUUUGAUUAACUUUGAAUGAUCGGAUCAAAUGAUAGUCCUGUAAGCAUAGUUAUCAAAACCGGUCCGACCUUGAACCGGUAACCUUGCUGGGCCGAAUUAGCUUUUGGAUCCGACUGGUGAGACCAAGCCGGUUUUGCUCAAACCCGGUGACCCGGCCGGAUAUGGGACCCGAACCGGUUGAGCAGCUUCCCUUAUUAAAAACCCAAAAAACACUUUGGAAAUGGCGCGUUUUGCGGUGUUGCCUUUUUCACUUCUCAGAGUUCCCCUGCCGUAGAGUGGUGCACAGCCUUAGCAGCUAAGUCGUCUCGCCGACGCACGCACGGUCUGGGUGCAGGAACUCGCACACUCGGUGAAGUCCGAAGCUCGCUAGCGCCUAGUCUCGGCGUUGGAGGCUUUGAUCUGGUGUAUUGUGCUAUCUUAGCUGCAACAAACGACGAGGAGAAGGUUGACCAGCUGUUGAACAACCCUUUCUUUGGCGCGGUAUAGGGCAUAUGAACGAAGCUUAUCAGAUAUUUCCCCAUCUCAUGGAUGCCAAUGGAAACUCAAUUAAAGCCAAAGCAAACAAGAGUCUUCAAUUCUCUCUAAGAAACAAAAACUACCUUCUCCUAAUUGCCUUGUUCGGUGCCUCCGGUUACGCUGCCUACAAUUCACCCUAUGUCGCUCAGAAACGGCGCCGUAUUGCCAAGCUCCUCAGAGCCUUCGUUUCCCUCGCCGAGUUAAUUUCCAACUCCGCGGACAUCGUUGCCGUUAUCUCCAACGACUUGAACCGCUUCCUCGCUUCCGAAUCCGACGAAAUCCCCAACAGUUUGAAGCAGUUAGCCAAAAUCGCAAAAUCGAACGACUUCUCAACGUCGCUGGCUAGGCUUUCCGAGGCUGUGACGCUCGGGAUUUUUCUAGGGUAUAAAUCACACGCGGGUAACGAUUAUAACGGCAACAAAGAUAAUAUUCCUUCGGAAAUCACCGCGGAAGCUUCUAGAUUCUCCGAUAGGGUGUUGGAGAGGCUUUUCUCCAAGGCUGGAACGGGUUUUGUGUCUGUUGUGGUGGGAAGCUUUGCGAGGAACUUGGUUUUGGGUUUCUACGAUGCCGAAUCCGUCGGCACGAGGUCUCAAUCGGAUGUUCCUGGAUGGGUGAAUGUGAUUUGUGAUGAGAGGUGUGGGAAGCUUAUAGGGGAUUGUGUGCAGACUUUUGUGAGUACUGCUGUUGCUGUUUUUCUUGAUAAGACAAAGGAUGUGAAUACCUAUGACGAAAUGUUGGCCGGAUUGUCGAAUCCGAAGCACCAGGAGAAUGUGAAGGGGAUUUUGGUUUCCAUGUGUAAUGGUGCUGUUGAAACCUUUGUUAGAACUUCUCACCAGGUUUUGACGAACCGGAGUGUGAGGUCGAAUUCGGAUUUGUCUGUGUCUCCUGUUGUUGUUCCGGUGAGUGAAGAAGGGUGCCUGAAACAGGAGGCACUUCUGCAGCAGCUCAAAAUUGGAAGCUCAGUUAAUGGUGUUCAGGAUGUUGGGUGGCUUGAACAGAUUAAGUCAACGCUGUUGGUGCCCGUGAACCAGAGGUUCGUGCUUGAUGUCACUGGGAGAGUGACGAUUGAAACUGUGAGGUCAUUUGUGGCGUUUUUGCUGUGGAGAAUAUCAGAUGGAUUCAAGAGUAGUGUUAGUAAGGUUCAUGAAGAGGUUCUGGGCAAAGGACUGGAGGUGGUUAGAUAUGUUGGAGCUAAGUCAUCGGUUAUUCUUACCUUGUGUCUUGCUUUGUAUUUGCAUAUUAUGGGUGGUAGUAGGAUUCUUUUGCCUGCUUAGUAUUAUGUUUGAUCAUCUAACCUCUUAAUUGUAAUGCCGUUGGAAUAUAAUGGUAGCAAAAUCAGAUCUUUAAGUUAGAUAACAUAGAUAUGUUUCCAAGUAUUAAAUUUGAGGUCAUACUACUUUUAGUCUUUUUCCAUACCCAAAAAGAAAUGCAAUGAUUUGAGCCAUCUUGCUCAAAUUUACAUUGCUUCAAUGCUGGAUGCAUAUAACACCACUCCUGAAAAUUGUGAUAAUUAUUUUAUACCGCUUUCUUGAAUGGAAACAAAGUAGGCUGCUCUAUCAUUGUACUAUUUAACGAUUGUUUAUCUGCAGCAAUAUAUGAAUAACGGUUUUGUUAGCUGAUGCUAAGAUUAAA